AUGGCCGUUGCGGAGUAUACGGGAGAGAUUGUGAUGUCGGCGGUUAACAAUGUCGGUGGAGAUUUGGGGUUCACCGAGGAGCUAGUUUCGACAACUCCUGAAGCGUCAUCGUCGUUUUUAGGUCGAUUCCGUAUUCUAUUGCCCAAUCUUUUUGGCCACAGUCGUUUGGAAGCGAUUCAAUCUUUUGAUUUCUUGAGUUAUGUGAAUGAAGCCAGUGAGUUGUCCUCGGAUUUUGCCAUGGCCGUUGCGGAGUAUACGGGAGAGAUUGUGAUGUCGGCGAUUAACAAUGCCGGUGGAGAUUUGGGGGUUUCUCUGUCGCAGAAUUUUCAUCCAAUUCUUCUUUCUAAUGCAAACAAAUUAGUGUCCACUCUUCUAGAUCGAUUUGAAAUUUCGGUUCCUACUUCACCGAGAGAGCUAGUUUUGAUAACACCUGAAGCGUCGUCGCCUCAGAAUGAGGCGACCAGUGCAUUGUGGUCGAAAGGAUUGGUGAUGAAAGGGGGCAGCCUUGCGUGGAAGAGCAAUGUGGAUAUAUUUGGGGCUGAUGUUGGGUUCAAUGAUGAAGGACGAGGCGGUUCCGCGAUGUACAAGCGAGUGGUAGCCUCUUUUGAGGAAGAGCCUGUGGAGAGCCUUCAACAACAGGAGAUUGCUUUCAAGCUGAUUGGGCACAUAUUGGAUAAAAUAUGGAAGCGUGACUGGGCGGAACAGGGGCAGUUACUGAAAGUUAGAAUCAAUACAGAGCUGUCGGUUUACCAAGCUGCAGCGGGGUUACAAAUCAAGAGUCUUUCAUCUUUUGAUUUGAAUGGGAAGUCAUUGAAGAGGUUGUUGCAUGGAAUUUUGGCAUUGUUGAUAGAAGCUGCUGAAGCAUGUUUAUUCUGUGUCUGGCAAAAGUUGAGUAUUUGUGAUGAGCUCUUCAGCUCAUUGCUUGUUGAUUUCCUGAAUUGCUCUCACUCGAUGUGGUCAGCUGCUGCGUGUCUUGCUCAUUCGCUUCAAACCCCUUGUGAUAAGUACUGUGCUCGGAGACUUGGGGCAGAUUUUCUAGGACCUCUACUUCUUGUUGUGGCUGAAAUAUGUUCAGAUUUUGAUCCUACUGUAGAUGUGGAACCUGCACUUUUGAAGCUAUUUCGGAAUUUGUGGUUCUAUGUCACUCUCUUUGGGUUAGCACCUCCAAUACGAAAAACUCUAUAUAUGGUGAAACUGAAAAGGAUUCUCUUCUGCUGCUUUGGCUUCUUUCGAGGAAGGAAAAAGUCUCAGCUUAGCAACUGA